AUGAAGAAUGACAAAUGGACCCAACCUGGCUGGAAAAUAGAGCAGAAAUAUUCAAACAAAGUCCUUGUAGGGAACUGGCUGGAUGAACGACUACAGUUCACCCGAGAGCCAACAACAGCCAACAGCACCAGCCGUGUGGACUACCGGCCCCACUGGGACUUCAAGCCAGACGUUUCUGUGAGACGAGCCACCUUUCGGAGAGCUGAGGGACUGCCUUCAAAACUGAUUUUUGGCCACCAUGACACCCCAUCCUCCCAUUACUUGGUCUCCCUGUACGAUGAAAGCUUUGGGCAUAGACACAACUGUGCAUUGCCCCCUCUUCGCACUUGGCACCCAUGUAGCCGAGCAUGGCAACCGGAGAGGUCUGACUACCAAAUUCCUGCCCCUCCAACCAACUUUGGUUUGCUAGAGUCCAAGAAACACUGUUUGGAAAAGGAGCAGUCACACCCCCCACCAAUAAGUGUGUACAGGUCAGAGUACCAAAGCUACCCAUUAAGUGCCCUGUGCCAGGACCGCUUUGCCAGAACGCCAUGCAUGUUCUCCAGCUACCGCCAUGUUGCCAACCACAACAACAAGGACUUGGAUGUGAGACAGCAUGUGUUGCUACAGGUCCCACACUGCCGUUCCGACCAUCUUCCACCAUUACCACAGGCCUAG